CGAGGGCGCACUGGGCUUGGGCGUGGGGCUGGUUGGAGCGGGUAGCGGAUGGGGCCCCUGCGCGGGGCGAGCGCGGCAGCGGCGCAGCCCGCGUGACCCUCCGCCGCGCCCCGUUUCGCCGGGCCAGCUACAGGAUGCGCGCUCCGCAGCUGCUGCUGCUGCUGGCCGCCUGCGCGCCGCCCUCCAGCGCCUCUGUGGUCCCGACGCUGCCGGGCUGGGAGCCGGCCUCCGACGCGCCCUGGUGCCCCUACAAGGUGCUGUCCGAGGGCCCCGAGGGCAGUGGGCGCCUAUGCUUUCGAAGCCCCGCUCGGGGUUUCCGCUGCCAGGCGCCGGGCUGCGUGACGCUGGUCUCGGCGGGUGGUUCGCUGCGCGCCCACGUCCUGCGCAACCGCAGCGUGCUGCUGCAGUGGCGCCUGGCUCCGGCUGAGGCGCGCCGCGUGCGAGUCUUCGCGCUGAAUUGCUCGUGGCGUGGCACCUACACACGCUUCCCGUGCGAUCGCGUGCUGUUGGGCGCCUCCUGCCGCGACUACCUGCUGCCGGAUGUGCACGAUAGCGUGCGUUACCGCUUGUGCCUUCAGCAGCUGCCGCUGCGCGGCGAGCUUGCCGCCGCCCAGCCAGAGCUCGCCGAGUGCGUGGAGUUCACCGCCGAACCGGCAGCUAUGCAGGAGAUCGUGGUGGCCAUGACGGCUGUGGGCGGCUCCAUCUGUGUCAUGCUGGUGGUCAUCUGCCUGCUGGUGGCCUACAUCACCGAGAACCUCAUGCACCCGACCUUCCGGCGACCCAGUCUGCGCAGGCAAUCCUGAAGCGCAAGGCGACCUGCCCACCUGGGUUCCACCUGCCCAAAUGUCCUGAGACCGUAGGCCCUUUCCUUGCUUCCCUCUCAUUUCUUCUCCCUCUUUACGAUGCCCAUGGAGAGCCUAAUGGAGACAAGCCCAUGCAGGGACCUUGUCAUCAUCCCACGACCUUGCCAGCCCCAGCUGGGUAUCUGCCUUUCAGACUCAGGCCUCAGACUGGCCAUAGGCGCCAGGCUAGCAUGUCAGCCGAAUCCAGGGGUCUUCCCCAUCUCUAGGGGCCUUUUAGGGCCGGCCAGAAUAUACAGUCCCUCUGUCAAGAGCCACUGGCAUCCAGGAUCAUCAACCUGAACUUCCGUUCUGUGCCAGGUUGUCAGAGCUUGGCCAUGAUCAUUGCUUGGUCACUUUGUGCUUUGCAGAUGGGGAGGAGUGACCUCUGGAUCGUGUACCCACCCCCACCUUACCCAGUGGGCUUAGGUUAGCUUUGUGCCUUAGUUUCUCUGGCCCACUGCAGGAGCCACCCAUCAUCCCUCAGCUGCCCAUGGGGAUUUGUGGCCCUGUGACUGGCUGGCUUAUGCAUGCUUCUGGCCAGAGUCCCAUUGAGGACACACCAUCCUCGAGAUUUUCAGGAGCCUGGGGCAGGUGUUCAUAGGCCCUGUUUUGUCUUCCUAUGUGGGUGUCCAAGAAGCCAAGAGCCAUGAUGUAGCUCAGCAGGCUGGGCCCAACGUCCAGCUGCUGCAUCCUGGGGUGAGUGCCCUCCACCUUAGGAGGCUGGGGAUUCACCCUUUCCUUUCGCUGUACUGCCUUGAUUAGGACUUUGCCAGUGCCAGUGUGUGUGUGUGUGUGUGUGUGUGUGUGUGUGUGUGUGUGUGUAUUGGGGGGUGGGAGGACAGCUGAAGGGAUCAUGAGGGCUGAAGGAAAGCUGCCAGCCCUGUCCAGCCAGAUCCCAAGCUUCAGCCAACUUGAGACCACAGUGGUCACAGAGCCACUUCACCCCCCCCCCCCCCCCCCGUCCUUCUUACACUAGAGGAUGGAGAGCCUGAGACCUGACCCCAGGGAUGCUGCCCUCCAUCUGCAUGGGCAGAGGUUGGCUUUCCCCACCUCUUGGCAGACACAGGCACCUGGCUGAGGUCACCCAGCCAUCUGGUGAUAUUGGGUACAGGGAAGAAUAAGGCAUUGCCCAUCUCUGACCCUGGCUCUUUUCCCUCCCACCCUCACCCCAGCAACCAUGGUGACCUGAGCCCUGGCUGGCAGCACUUGUGCCCUACCUCUCUGUCUUUGCUCUGCCCGCUCCUUGUGAGGCACCAGUCAGUUGCCAACAUCUAAAUGUCCAUCACUUGGACCAAAACACUGUCUUGUGUGUUUAUUUGGGAUGUUGGAGGGAAGGUUAUGGGUGAGGGAAGGGAAGGUGGAUUUAAUUUCUCCAAGGGCUUCAAGCAUUAGUCCAGUGGCUGGUCUUGAACCUUUUCUCAGUUGGGGUGGAAUGGGGAUCAGCCCCAGGCAGUGUUCACUGGAAUGCUGACUUUAAAGUUCUGGCAGAACAGGCACGGCCUCCAAUAGCUUGAUUGUCCACCCUCAGAGCCUGGGAAAGCAUCUCGAGGCCAGCUGUGUUGGGUGGGGGUGGGGAGUGGCACUGGCAGUGGUUAGAAACAGCUUCAGCAUACAAGGUGACCUAUUUGAACUGUGACAAGCAACAGUUAGGCAGCUCUAGGCGGGGGUACCCUCUCCAGCAUGGGGCUUCCCUCUGCAGUGUUAGAGUUGGGAAUAGAAUUUGGCAGAAAAUGAACCUGGGGCUACUGUGUGAGCCACUCUCCCCACCUGGUAUGUCCUUGGGCCUCUUAUGCUACCGUGACCCUGAAGAAAGCAAGAGCACAAUAGCUCUGAUGAGUAACUCAUCUAGAGGGGUGGGAGAAAGGUUGGGGGUGUAGUGAUGUGCCUAGAUUCAUCUGAGGGGUGGAGGACAAAGCAGGUUGUCUAGACAGCCAGGGCAGAAAUGGGAGGGCUUUGCAGCCCUGCUGCCUCCCACUGCUGGUCUUGGGGGACCUAGGCAGUAUAUGAUAUGUGUAUUCUGGUGUCUUCAGCCAGCAUGGGCAGGAGUUGGCACUCCGGAAGUGCCCUGUCUGAAAUACCUUAGUGUCCAACUUCUAGCUCCCUAGGGACAGUCUGAUUCUAGAGCUAGGACCCUGUGUCCUCUUCUGGUGCUAAAGUUCUGAGACCUCCUCAGGCCCUCAACAGGAUUCAGCUGUAGCUCAGUUGUUAGAAUGCUUUCCUAGUAUUUAAAAGGUGCUGGGUUCAGUCUCCAGCACCAUAUGAAUCUGGAGCUACCUGUAACUUCAGCACUCAGGACAUGGAGAAUGGAGGGUAAGUUCAAAGUCUCAUGGGCUGUGGUGGCACAUGCCUUUGAUCCCAGAACUCAGG